UCGGGCAGGUCGGUCGAUUCGCUCUCGACCCACCACCGAUCAGCUGUUCGCCGCCGCUCGCUCCGGCGACAGUCCGACGAUCGACCGUCAACACGUGCACGCGUUCCCGACUCCCGACUCGAAUCAGCCGGCAGCGGCAGCUGAUAUUAUACGUGCUGCUAAUGUACAAGCACCGAAUUUCGCGAACGGCGAACAGUUUUUGACGUUCCUACCUACGAUUAAAUUGUGCUCGCGCGGGACCACACGAAGUGUCAAUCAGGGAUCAUUCAAUCUAGAAUUAAUUAUCAGUCUAGAGUUAAUUAUACAGUCAUUUUGUCUAGAGUUAAUUAUCCAGUCAUCCAACCUAGAAUUAAUUAUCUAACUAUCCAGCUAUCGCUCGAGAGCAGGAAUUUAAAACAUACAUGCACAUUUCGCGUCGUUUGAUUGCAUUAUCAGACGAAUCCGUUCUUUCUAUUCAAACUCGCGAGUUCGGUGGACGUCUGUUGAAGAGGAUCAUUGAAGAACGAGGAUUUUUAGGGUGAUAAAUCGCUACCACCGUUGUGAAUGUGCAACCGACGUGAAAAGUCGCGCAUAACGCUUGAAUCAAUCGAGCGUAGAGCAAACGAAAAAUUAUCCGAUUUGUAGUUCGCGACAAUACUGAACGAGCCGGAAGAGGAAAAAAACUGAGAACGCGAUUUCAAAUUCCUCUUGACGACGUGCGUUAGAUCGAUCUACGAUUAGCACAGGAGGGCGAGGGCGGCGGUGGCGGCGGCGGCGGCGGCGGUGGCGGUCGUUCUGUGACCAGCUCCGGUGGCGGUGGUGGAGGCGGCGGUGGUCGUCGGGCACCAAGCCUACGGCUGGUGAACGGAAGAGCGACCACGGGAGUGAGUUUACACACCAGCAGCACCGAAUCCGUGCGCUCUCCCCAUCACCAGCUCGGCCAGCAGGUCGGCAACAACAACUGCCACGCCGGUAACAACCCCGCCGCGAACAAUCAUCCACGGCUCAACAAAGAUGACAGCAUCAAAAUCAGCAUCGAGAACACCAACACGUGCACGGACAGUCUCGUCACUGCUUUAGACGACGAGACCCUGCUCAUCACCGAUUUCCUGGGCGACACAGGCAACGAGAUGAAUUACAAGGGCAGCGGGAAGGUCCACUUCGGGGUGGACGACGUGUCCCUCUAUGGGACGCCGAAGGAGGAACCGGGCCCGGGCCUCCCGGGCCAGGAGGUCAAGCAGAGCUUCCUGAAGAAUCAACUUCAGGCCCUGUUCCAGCCAACGGACAACAAGUUGGCCAUGAAGCUCUUUGGCAGCAAGAAGGCGCUUAUGAAGGAACGGAUCAGACAAAAAGCCGCAGGUCACUGGGUCAUCCAUCCUUGCUCCAGUUUUCGAUUCUAUUGGGACCUCUGCAUGCUCCUCCUACUGGUAGCUAAUCUGAUAAUUCUGCCAGUCGCCAUUAGUUUUUUCAAUGACGACCUAAGCACUAGAUGGAUAGCCUUCAACUGCCUUUCCGACACGAUAUUCCUUAUAGACAUCGUCGUCAAUUUCAGGACGGGUAUAAUGCAGCAGGAUAAUGCCGAACAGGUGAUACUGGAUCCGAAGUUAAUCGCGAAACACUACCUCAGGACUUGGUUCUUUCUCGACCUCAUCUCCUCCAUACCAUUAGACUACAUUUUCCUCAUAUUUAAUCAAUUUCAGGACUUCAGCGAGUCCUUCCAGAUCCUGCAUGCUGGACGUGCUCUCAGGAUCCUCAGGCUUGCAAAACUGUUAUCACUCGUUAGGUUACUACGUUUGUCAAGACUGGUGCGGUAUGUCUCGCAAUGGGAAGAGGUCUAUUUCCUGAAUAUGGCGUCGGUGUUCAUGCGGAUUUUUAACCUGAUCUGUAUGAUGCUCCUGAUCGGCCAUUGGAGUGGCUGCCUGCAAUUCCUGGUCCCUAUGCUUCAAGGAUUUCCCAGUAAUUCAUGGGUAGCCAUUAACGAGUUACAAGACUCAUUUUGGCUGGAACAAUACUCGUGGGCCCUCUUCAAAGCCAUGUCGCACAUGCUGUGUAUCGGGUACGGUAGGUUUCCGCCACAGUCCUUGACCGACAUGUGGCUCACCAUGCUCAGCAUGAUCAGCGGUGCGACGUGUUACGCUCUUUUCCUCGGACACGCGACGAAUCUCAUUCAAUCUCUCGAUUCCUCGAGAAGACAAUACCGCGAGAAGGUGAAACAAGUAGAGGAAUACAUGGCCUAUCGAAAACUACCGAGAGAAAUGAGGCAGAGGAUCACGGAGUACUUCGAACAUCGGUAUCAAGGAAAGUUCUUCGAUGAGGAACUGAUCCUUGGAGAACUGUCGGAAAAAUUGAGAGAAGAUGUGAUAAACUACAACUGCAGAUCGCUGGUGGCGUCCGUGCCCUUUUUCGCCAACGCCGAUUCGAAUUUCGUCUCGGAUGUCGUGACGAAACUCAGAUACGAAGUCUUCCAGCCAGGUGAUAUCAUCAUUAAGGAGGGUACAAUCGGUUCAAAAAUGUACUUCAUACAAGAAGGCAUAGUCGAUAUCGUGAUGGCAAACGGCGAAGUAGCGACCUCGUUAUCGGAUGGGUCUUACUUCGGUGAAAUCUGUCUGUUGACAAACGCGAGAAGGGUGGCGUCGGUCCGAGCGGAGACCUAUUGCAAUCUCUUCAGCCUCUCGGUGGACCAUUUCAACGCCGUAUUGGACCAGUAUCCCCUAAUGCGCAGAACGAUGGAGAGUGUUGCCGCCGAGAGGUAUAAGCUUUGGUUAAACAAAAUUGGGAAGAAUCCUAACCUGGUGGCUCAUCGCGAGGAAGAUCUUGGCAGUGAAUCAAAAACGAUAAACGCCGUAGUAAAUGCGCUCGCGGAGCAGGCCGCGCAUGCCAGCGCCAGUGAAGAAUCAGUACAUAGUAUGGAGCUCAGAACGCUGCCGGCUUGCCUCUUACCCAGACCAAAGUCUGAGAACAAUUUCGCGAGCCAAGAACUUACGAGAGAAGGACGGAGGAUCUUUCACAAGAGCGACACUUUCCACAAAGAUUCGUAUCAAUGACGACACUCGUUUUACUAGCAUAUGCAGAGAUACUAACGGCUCCAUGUUGGAAGAAUGAUAUUCUAUUCCACAAGAACUUAUCUCAUCGAUAGGAUAACUAUGGUGGUUUUGUGCCCGGUGCUAGGGCGAUCCUAUAGCAGCGGUCUAUACAUAGAUAUCGGCCAUGCCAGUAGUCCUUUAGCAAUCGAUUUAUAGCGCCUUCUUAUAUUAAUCUGACGGCAUUUUCGUCCAGGACCGCAAAACCACCGAAAUCGAAUCCUAUACUCCAACUAUGAUACAGAUUUCC